AUGAAAGGACUGGAUAAGAAAAACAAUGAAUUUGACCACAAUGUCCUCGACCCGAUCACGACACUUAGGACGGACCUCAAAAACUGGCUGACAAUGCGAGCACGAGGAAAACCAACCACUGAUCCGCAACCAAUUAAAGAUCUCCUACGAGGAAUGUUUACUUCUAUUGCUGCCAUGGAGAAGGAUUUAGCUUCUGAAGAGGAUGCCCUGAGCAUAGAAGAUAAGAACGUCGGUAUACCACCAGAGGCCUGGGAGUGGGAUGCACCAAACGAUGAAUUCCGCGCUAAACUCCUAACCGAAUUCAUCCACUUGGACGCAGGUUUCAUGGACCGAAUCAACCAACUGAGAGCUGAAAUGAUUGAUUUGGAUAACCGCAGGGAGAUGAUUAACGCGAUAAGAUUUAUGGAUCUCAAAUUUCUACGCAUAUAUAUAGCACAGAUCUUGGACCUUCUGAAUGAACACAACAUUUUGCGAACACGAAUGGGAGACCUGAUCUUGUGCUGGACGCGCUCUCGACAAGAAAUGAGCGAUCGUAUACGCCUGAGCCUCAGUGACGCACUAGUAGAAGCCGAGAAACGUGACCUUCAGAAAUGCAGUGCGGAGAAGCAGCGAAAUCUGUGCCUUCAGUUAGCCGCCCAGGACGUCGUGAAAGAUACCGUUAAUGCUAGUGAUGGUGGUGAUGAGGAGGAGAAGGAGGAGAAAGUUGAUGAUGAUGAGGAUGAUGAUGAUGAUGAGUACGAUGAUGAUGAUGAUGAUGAUGAUGAUGAUGAUGAUGAUGUUGAUGAUGGUGAUGAUGAUGAUGAUGAUGAUGAUGAUGAUGAUGAUGAUGAUGAUGAUGAUGAUGAUGAAAAUGAUGAUGAUGAUGAUGAUGAUGAUGAUGAUGAUGAUGAUGAUGAUGAUGGCGGUGGUGGUGGUGGAAACUGCUGGAUUGCGCACGGUUUUAAUGUGUUGGAUGGUCGAGAUCCGCUUGGAUAUCCAAGAUUUGGUCGCCGCACUGCAUAUUUGAAAGAUAAUCUGUGGGUUCAGCAAUGGCGAAAGGAGAAGGCCGAAUUGGCAGAGCUGGAGUAUCGAGCCAAUCAGGAAUUCCAGGCUGAAAAAGCGCGACUGGAUGCAGAGAAGUUAGAUCGUGAAAUGCACCGUCGUCAAGUCAUCAAAAAACUGGUAAGUUUAUAUAUGCGCCCAAGUUAA